AUGGAUGUCUUGGAAGCCAAGGUUGAUACACAGCAGAGCCAGUACAAUGAACUCAUGCAACAGGUUCGUGAGAUGGGUGACAGGGUCCACAUGCUUGAGAGUCGCGGAGGAAAUGAGGGCGGUCGUGGGGUUGACAGGCGAUUGACUUUGAUCUUCGGUGGCUGGCCAGCUCAGACACGCAGAGGGACCAUUCUUGGUCAGCUUGAACAGGCCAUUCAGGCGCUUGGUCUGGCAGCUGAGUUUGACCAAGCUCCUUUCACGACGGGCCCUCGUCGCUCCGUGGCGAUGGCAAACUUUGUCUCCCGCGCCCACGAGAAGGACGGCGAUGUGCGAGUGAGAAUGAUGAAGGUCCUUCAAACUACCAACAAUGCGAAGGUAGAGUUGCAGGGGGGAGUCAAAUCCUUGUGGUGCUCUUUUUCGCGGUCUCCUUUGGAGCGAGGGCGAGCGGCAGUGGCCGCAGUGGUCAAGAAGGCCGUGAUGAGGCAUGCAAGCCACCGUGCAGCUGACCUGGACGUGGAAUAUAGCAGUGGCAGCACGUGGAUUCGCGAGGACCAACUCUCAGGUAUGGGGCAGCCACCGGAUCAGAUUCGGAGGGCCAAAACACUCGAGACGAAGGCUGGUGCUGCGUGGCUUGACGUUCACACCUUGGCCAAGUGGUUGGAGACAGAUCGGAGUGUGGUCGAGGCCUUGAUUGAGGAGCAUCGCUUCUGA